GGAAAAUUUAAAAAAAAACACACACUAAACAACAACGAAACACAAAAAAAAAAAGUAAAUAAAGCUUCACAAACGAAGAUAUCACUGGGAACGAAUAGCAAAAGUUUGUUGUUGUUUGCAUUUGGUGCAAUAAAGACGUGCAACAAGUGAAAUAUUUUUCUCUAACGUACGAUUAAAUAUUUAUUGUUGAUCAAACUGCUGAGACUGGAAGAAGUGAAAAAUAUUUAAAAAAAUUCCCAUUACCUGGGAAAUGCAUUACCGAACAGACGCGUUUUUAGUUUGUUAUAGCGAAAAUAAAAAGAAACAAAUAUAUCGCAGGACUAUACAUAUUGAUAACGAAAAGUGCAAAAGGCAUUUAAUAAGUGAUGGUGGUUUUUGUAUGCAUGUGCCACAGUGAUAAACCACAUAACUCUGUCAGUGAUAAAAGGAAAUGCUUAAUUAAUUUAUAAAACUUAACAAAGAUAAAACACUAACAGGAAAUUUAAUAAGAUUCCAGCUAGAAAUUAAAUUGUUUAUGGAAUUUAUAUAUGUUGGCUAUUAAAAGGCUAAUUGUUAAAACAACAAAAAAGUGCAUUAAUUGAAACAAAAAAUUACUAAUUGUUUUAAACGUUUGUAAAAUAAAAUAAAUUAUUGCAUUCAUAAUUAACCACCAAGAAUCAAUACAAUAACAAAAACUGAAGAAAUAAACCAACAAAAAGUAAACAACCUCAUAAAACAAAAUACGAGUAUUGCAGCAGAUUAAAAUAUUAAACAAACCUAAUUGAAGCUGUGAGCUGAGUUGAGAGCAGCGGAAAAAGUUCCACUUCAAACGACAGCGACCCCACUAAAUGGUGUUAUCAGAGACGAACGGUGACAGUGGGUCAGAGAGUGUGGAAUAAGAAAGACAUGAAAUCACUGUAUUCCGAAGCAAAACAACAUUUAAGCAAUUGUAUGCCGGCAUCGUCCACUUCUAAUGCGAAUACAAAUGAUAAACAUGAACUUGGACAUGAAUACAAUUAUGACAGCGCAAAUGGGGAUGUAUUCAGCGCAGAUGAUGAGUGUGUUAGUGGUGGUGGUGGUGGCAGCGGUGCUGGGGAUCGCGAUCAUGAAGCGAUGACACGCAGAGACAGUACUUUAAAUUGUCAUCGUAGACAUUCACAGACAACGCCCCCCACAAUAGGGCUAAAUAAUAAUUUCAUUACAAAUGCCACAACGUAUGACACGCUGCAGAAACCAUUUAAAUAUGAUAAACUAAGAGGUCGCUGGUCAACGGCCGCUGACUUUUAUUUUGCCUGUACUAGUCAUGCAUUUGGAACAAUUGUAUUUUCCGAAUUAACACUAUUCGUAUCGUCGUUUUUGGGAGGAUACGGCUUAAUACCCUAUUUACUCGGCAUCCUUUUAUAUGCCAUACCAAUAUUUGGUAUACAAACAUUUCUGGGACAAUUCUCGUCAUCGGGUACCAUAACGGUAUUUCGAGUAGCACCUAUUUUUAAAGGCAUAGGUUAUUCCAUUUUACUACAUAAUCUAGCAUCAUUAUCUUACUAUGCCAUCAUUGCUGCAGUUCCUUUAGUCUAUGCUGCCAAUUCAUUACAUUCUGUGAUACCAUGGAUGAGUUGUAAUAACACAUGGAACACUGUCAACUGUUCAACUCAUGACUUUUAUGAUGAAGAUGAGGAAGAGUUAUUUCCUCAUGCCACAGUGGAGUUCUUUCGCUCCAUUAUACGUUCGGAUGAUAAUUCACCGAAUCCUUUAUCGAUCUCUUGGCCCAUUUUAUGUGCUGUAAUUGGUAUUUGGUUACUAACCAUGUUGGUACUUUUAAAAAGAGUUACUUUCAUAGGAAAAUUCCUUCGCUGUUUAUGUAUCCUAAUGAUGACAUUCUUUUUUGCCAUCUUUACACAUUUACUGAUGCAUGUUGGUUUUACGUGGGAACAUUUGUUGGACUAUUUAAAACCCUAUGUCUAUACGGACAAUCACUCCGCCAUUUGGGCUGGUAUGAGAGCAGCUAUUAUAAUGCCCAUGUGGCUUUUGGGUCCUGGCUGUGGCAGCGUUUUACAACUGGCUAGUCAUAAUCGAUUCCGUCAUGAUAGUGAGAAAACUACGUACUGGAUUGCCUUCACGUUCCUGAUUAUGACUCAAAUGGCUGCGCUAUGUUCUCAUAUAGCUUUUGAUCAUUUCGAGGAUCAUGUCGCAAUAUUACAUGACCAAAUUGAGGAGCAGCACAAUAUGCGUUUCAUUUACAUCUGCUAUGCCUACCUGUUCGGCAGCUUUCUCAGUCUACCCAAUCUGUGGAGUUUUCUCUUUUUUGCCAUGUUAUUUUUUGCAGAACUUUCGGCUGUGAUAAUCCAAAUGAUGACCGUUUUAACGGCCAUAUUUGAUGAAUUUGAAAAAUUACGAACGAAGAAGACAAGUAUUACAAUUGGACUGGUUUUAGUAAUGCUUUUAAUUUCAGUGUACUUUUGCACAAAGCAAGGUUUCGAACACCUCCAUCUACUCCCAGACAUUGUAGCUGUCACACACUUGACAAUUUCCAUACUCCUAAUUGUAAUUACGACUUGGAUAUAUGGCCGUGAACGUUUCCAGUGUGAUUUGCAAUUUAUGUUGGGCAAAACGAUAUCAAAUUUUAAAAUUAACAUAUUACUGCGUUUUGUGACACCCUUCUUUAUAGGCUGUGGCAUUGCACAAAUUAUCUUCUUCACCAGCGAUCCGCCCUCUGUCCUCAUUUUGUUGACACAAAGUUUUAUUUACAUUGUGGUGCCCCUGUAUAUGAUCUAUAAAAUCACUCAGACUACGGGUUCCUUCAAGCAGCGCAUUCGUCAGUGUUUUGCGCCUCACGACUGGCAUCCCGUCGAUGCUGACAAUCGUCGUUUUUAUGAGGAGAUAAUGGGCACCUCUGAAAUGCUCGUCAUUUUGAAUAAUGAGCAUCAAAUUUGUUGAUUAUUUCAAAAUAUUUAUGAGAUGCGAGAUAUGAAAUUAUAAAUAAUAAAAACAAAAUAUGUUAUUUUUUAGUGAUAAGUUAAAAAAAAGAACAGAAAUUAAAUAAGAAAUUAUAAUAGAAAUUAUUUAUUCCGACAAAGUCGAACUUUUUGAAUACGCUACAGAACAAGAUUGACGCUUUAAUCUUAGUAGAAGGGGUUGUUGUAAUAUUUUAUAAUUUUAGCUCGAUUUGCAUAUCAGCUCCGAUAUUAUAAAUAUAUCAGUCUAAAAACAUAUUUAAUGUGCAUUUAAUUAUAUUUUGAAUUAUUUUCUAAAAUAAAUUUGGACUUGAAUGUAGGGGUCUGAUUCAAAAAUCUGUAACGUUUUCGAAACUAUUUUGUUGCUUCUAGAAUGAGAAUUU